UUAUCAAACACCUUCAUUUUUUCCUCUUUAUAUGCUUCAUUAAUCUUGUUUCAAUAUUAUCUUGUUUCAAUAUUAAUCAGAUCUGAAAUAUAUUGAAACCCCUUUUGAUAAAAUACUGAUCUUUGUAUUAAAAAUACUCCCUUUUUGAUUUUUCAUUUAGAUCUGAGCUGAAAAAAGGUGUAAAAAUGGGAUCUUUUGAUAAAUUCAAGAUUUGGGUUUUGUUUAUCUGCUUGGUUUGUGAAUUGGGUCAUGGGUUUUAUUUGCCUGGAAGUUAUCCUCAUAAAUAUGUGGUUGGUGAUUUCUUGAAUGUUAAGGUCAAUUCAUUGACUUCAAUUGACACUGAAUUGCCUUAUAGUUAUUAUAGUUUGCCUUUCUGUAAGCCUGAAGAAGGUGUGAAAGACAGUGCUGAAAAUUUAGGUGAGCUUCUUAUGGGUGAUAGGAUUGAGAAUUCUCCUUAUAGGUUUAAGAUGUAUACCAAUGAGACUGAGGUUUUCUUGUGUCAAACAAAACCUUUGUCUGGUGAGGAAUUUAAGCUUUUGAAAGAGAGGAUUGAUGAGAUGUAUCAGGUUAAUUUGAUUCUUGAUAAUUUACCUGCUAUUCGUUAUACCAAGAAGGAGGGUUACUUCUUGCGUUGGACGGGGUAUCCUGUUGGGAUUAAGGUCCAAGAUCAAUAUUAUGUGUUUAAUCAUUUGAAGUUUACGGUUCUUGUUCACAAAUUCGAGGAGACCAAUGUGGCUCGUGUGAUGGGUACUGGGGAUGGAUCAGAGGUGAUCUCAACAGUUGGAAAUUCAGGAUCCGAUGCACCUGGAUAUAUGGUCGUCGGGUUUGAGGUUGUACCUUGUAGUUACCAGCAUUCGCCUGAUUCAUUAAAGAACCUUAAAACGUACAAUAAGUUCCCAUCUCCAAUCAAGUGUGACCCGACAACUGUGUCCAUGGCUAUUAAAGAAAAUGAGCCUGUGGCUUUUACUUAUGAGGUGAACUUUGUGGAGAGUGACAUUAAGUGGCCAUCGAGAUGGGAUGCUUAUUUGAAGAUGGAAGGUGCAAAGGUGCAUUGGUUCUCGAUACUCAAUUCCCUUAUGGUGAUCACUUUCUUGGCUGGUAUUGUGCUCGUGAUCUUUUUGAGAACAGUCCGAAGGGAUCUGGCAAGGUAUGAUGAGCUUGACAAAGAAGCUCAAGCCCAGAUGAACGAGGAGUUAUCUGGGUGGAAGCUUGUUGUCGGUGAUGUUUUCCGCGCGCCUGGUAAUCCUGGCCUUCUAUGCGCGAUGGUUGGAGAUGGUGUUCAAAUCUUGGGGAUGGCUGUAGUGACUAUCAUGUUUGCUGCCCUUGGAUUCAUGUCCCCAGCAUCUCGAGGAACGUUGAUUACAGGUAUGCUAUUCUUUUACAUGAUUCUUGGUGUUGCAGCUGGUUAUGUUGCUGUUCGUCUCUGGAGGACAAUCUUCUGUGGCGAUCACAAGGGCUGGGUUUCAGUCGCGUGGAAAGCUGCAUGUUUCUUCCCUGGGAUUGCUUUCUUUAUCCUAACCACAUUGAACUUCUUGCUAUGGGGUAGUCACAGUACGGGGGCCAUUCCCUUUUCUCUGUUUGUCGUUCUCAUUUUACUUUGGUUCUGUAUCUCUGUUCCCCUAACCCUUAUUGGUGGCUACCUCGGGGCAAAGGCACCUCAUAUUGAAUAUCCAGUCCGAACCAACCAGAUUCCUCGUGAAAUUCCACCACAAAAAUAUCCGUCUUGGCUUUUGGUUCUCGGUGCAGGAACCCUUCCUUUCGGCACUCUGUUCAUUGAGCUCUUUUUUAUCAUGUCCAGUCUUUGGAUGGGUCGUGUGUACUAUGUCUUCGGAUUUCUCCUUAUUGUCAUGCUCCUCCUUGUCAUCGUUUGUGCUGAGGUAUCUCUUGUUCUAACCUACAUGCAUCUAUGUGUCGAGGACUGGAAAUGGUGGUGGAAGUCAUUCUUUGCUUCUGGUUCAGUUGCGAUAUACAUUUUCCUAUACUCCAUCAACUACCUAAUAUUCGACCUCAAGAGUUUAAGCGGCCCUGUUUCCGCCACCCUUUACCUCGGAUAUUCCCUCUUCAUGGUCUUGGCGAUUAUGUUUGCAACAGGCACGGUCGGGUUCCUUUCCUCUUUCUGGUUUGUACAUUAUUUGUUCUCUUCAGUGAAGCUGGAUUGAAGUCGUCUCUCGGGCUUGAAGUUAGAGAUUGCAAUUAAAACCAACCAUUGAAGAGCAACCAGUGGCAGAUAUCAAAAGCAUUCUAUUUACUUUUAAUGUCAUUUUGUAGGGUAUUUGGAAGAGAAAAACAAUAAAACUCCUAAAGUUUUGUUAAAUUCUUUUUAGAAGAAGUCAUUGCAAUUUGCAUGGUAGGAUGAACAUCAUAUGAUAGGCAAGCUUGGAUGCUUUGCUUUCAAAUUUGCCAUCAUUUCUCUACAUUUAUAUUAAUAGUGAUGAAUCUGUUAUCGUUAACCGGCUUUUCUUAUUA